AUGACAUCGCAGUUCAAAGAUGAGAAAAACAUCCCUGUUUCUAAGCAGGAAUUUCCGGGCUUGGACAAAGAUAUGCCCGAUCCCAAACCCGUUCGCGACGAGCUGCCGGAUGCAGAUGGAAGAACCGAAACUUACAAGGCAGCAGAUAAGCUUGUAGGCAAAAGAGCACUCAUAACUGGCGGUGACAGUGGCAUUGGAGCUGCUACUGCUGUAUUGUUUGCAAGGGAAGGUGCUGUAGUGACGAUUAUUUAUCUUCCUGAAGAAGAGCAAGACGCGCAAGACACUAAGAAGCAGGUUGAGUCUCUUGGGAGUGACUGUUAUCUAUUCGCCACGGAUCUUGCCAAAAAAGAAAAUUGCCAGGAUGCUGUCAAUUUUGCCUUGGAGAAGAUGGGUGGAAUUGACAUUCUCUUCAACAAUGCGGCGUAUCAAAUGAUGGUUGAAGAUAUACUCGAUUUGCCAGACGAGCAAUGGAUUCAUACAUUCAACAUCAACAUGCACUCAUAUUUUUUCAUGGCAAAGUAUGCCAUCAAGCACAUGAAGCGCGGCGCUGUAAUUAUCAACAACGCCUCUAUUAAUGCAUACAUCGGCCGGCCAGACUUGCUGGAUUACACCUCUACCAAGGGAGGGAUCAUUUCCUUCACAAGAGGGUUGAGCAACCAAUACAUCUCAAAAGGCAUCCGAGUUAACGCUGUCGCCCCUGGGCCAGUGUGGACUCCGUUGAUUCCUGCGACAAUGAAUGAAAAGGCUCAGAAGGAAUUCACCAGUCCUAUGGGUCGACCAGCCCAGCCCAGUGAAAUCGCCAGCUGUGUCGUCUUUCUCUCUUCGAUGGACAGCUCUUGUAUCAGCGGACAGACUAUACACUGCAAUGGAGGAGUUGUGGUGAAUGGCUGA